GAGGAGGGGUUCCUAGCAGCCCUGCUCCUGUUGUAGUAACUGAUUACUUCACUGCACCACUCGACUAGAGCAGCGGCAGGAGCAACAGCAACGACAACAGCAAUUGGCUCCCUCGCUUACUGCAAGAGAGUAACCUGGCCCUCCCUCUUUCUUUCUUUCUCUCUCUCUCUCUCUCUCUCUCUAUCCCUCCUCCUCCUCUGGAUCUCUCUAUCAUUAGGAGACCUGCGCACAGCACAGUAACUCUGCACUCUGCGUUAAGGGAACACGAGCCGGUUCCUCUCUCACUGCCUCUGCAUGACUGUCACAAAGAUGUCAUGGCGCCCGACAUACCGAAGCUCCAAGUUUCGAAAUGUGUACGGCAAAGUGGCCAACCGGGAGCAGUGCUUCGACGGCAUUCCCAUCACAAAGAACGUCCAUGACAACCACUUCUGCGCCGUCAACGCCAAGUUCCUCGCCAUUGUCACUGAGAGUGCUGGAGGAGGAUCAUUCAUUGUCGUCCCUGUCGCCCAGUCAGGACGCAUUGAACCUCACAAUCCAAAGGUUUGUGGUCACCAAGGCAACGUGUUGGAUAUCAAGUGGAAUCCCUUCAUCGACAACAUAAUAGCUUCCUGCUCAGAGGACUCUUCUGUGCGAAUAUGGGAGAUUCCAGAAGGAGGACUGAGGCGGAACAUGACGGAGGCCGUCCUGGAGUUGUACGGACACAGCCGGCGUGUGGGCCUCAUAGAGUGGCACCCCACCACCAGUGGGAUCCUUUUCAGCGCUGGUUAUGACUACAAGAUCUUGAUCUGGAACCUUGAAAUCGGGGAGCCGGUGAAAAUGAUUGACUGCCACUCGGACGUUAUCCUCUGCAUGUCCUUCAACACGGAUGGCAGCCUGCUGGCCACCAGCUGCAAGGACAAGAAGCUGCGCGUGAUUGAGCCUCGGUCUGGCAGAGUCUUACAAGAGGCUAACUGUAAGAAUCACAGAGUAAACCGGGUGGUGUUCUUGGGCAACAUGAAGCGACUGCUGACGACAGGUGUGUCUCGUUGGAACACCAGACAGAUUGCAUUGUGGGAUCAGGAGGACCUGUCCAUGCCCAUGGUAGAGGAGGAGAUAGAUGGCCUGUCAGGGCUCUUGUUCCCCUUUUAUGACCCAGACACACACAUGUUAUACCUGGCUGGAAAGGGAGAUGGAAACAUCCGUUAUUAUGAAAUCACCACAGAGAAGCCAUACUUGAUGUAUCUAAUGGAGUUUAGAUCCCCAGCGCCUCAAAAAGGACUAGGUGUCAUGCCAAAGCAUGGGCUUGAUGUAGCAGCCUGUGAAGUCUUCAGGUUCUAUAAGCUGGUGACCCUGAAGGGACUGGUGGAACCCAUCUCCAUGAUUGUACCAAGAAGGUCAGAGACAUACCAGGAGGACAUCUAUCCCAUGACUGCUGGCACUGAGCCUGCCAUCACAGCUGAAGAGUGGUUAAGUGGGAUCAACCGAGAUCCUGUGCUUAUGUCGCUGAAAGAGGGCUACACUAGACCCAACCAGCUUGUCUUCAAAGCUCCUGUAAAAGAAAAGAAGAGUGUGGUGGUUAAUGGGAUUGACCUGCUGGAAAACGUGCCACCCAGGACAGAAAACGAGCUUCUGCGGAUGUUCUUCAGACAGCAGGAGGAGCUGCGGCGGCUGAAGGAGGAACUCACCCAGAAGGACGUUAAAAUAAGACAGCUGGAGCUGGAGCUUAACAACCUGAGGAACAGCCCCAAUAACAUAUGACCAGAGGACCGAGCCUCGGGGCAGAGCCUGGCCACCUAUGAGAUAUUACUCUGAGCCCCUGGCACUGCUGAACCCGACGGCGCAUGGCCUCCUUCCCCUCCAUUUAGCAUGCCCAACAGGGGCAUUUGUUCUCACUAGGCGAUGCCACUUCCCUGGCGUAUGCUCCAGCAACUUUUUCAGGGGUAGAGAGAUUCCCUCCCCAUGAACCAAUGCUAACCUCUUUCUCUCUCUCACCUAUGGCCUGAGUUUCCCCACUGCCAGUUGAGCUGCAGUGAGCUCCAUCUCCAGUUGUGGAGCCGUGUGAUAUUUGCACCCAUAGGUGUGCACGUGAACUGUAUAAAGAUGGAACACAAGUCAGUUUUACUACAGGGCUUUGCUUUUCCUUUUCCCCAUGAAUGUCUCAACUGCAAAAGUUGACAUCUGGAUUUGAAUGGCUUUCAUCAGCUAUAUUAGCCUGUUUUUGAAGGUAGAUGAUUUUCGGUCUCUGUCUGUAUCUUCCACUUGGCUCUGAAAUUUUAGUAUUUUAGCUUUACUAUGGUAAUUAUUUAUUUUGAUAUGUUCUUUUGUUUAAGGCUCUGUUCUUUGUAGUCGAGUUCAUCUCAGUAAAUACUUACUGACAACAAAGAAUAGGACCAUAAUUUACAGGUAUAUCUCAGUAACUCCUCAAGAGCAAAGACUCUGAAAUGAACUGUGCCGGUGAUGUCUCUUAUUGGUAAGGACCUUCAUUGGAAGCCAGUGCCAUGUGCCAAGACCAAGGUAAUGUUGUCAACAUGUUGGUGGGCAAACCAUACUUCUUAAGGAAAUCACAAAAUUUGGCUUCCGUACAGUGAACUCACUGAAGUCAUAUGAGGUGUUCUGUAUGCGUAAUGUUCUUCUCUAACCAUAUUUACUUACCAAGUGGGAAAGUGAGAGCGUUUUAUCCGUUCACAAAUGCUGACAAAACAAGGACAACAGUAGAAAGUAAUUUAAAGGUAUUUACAUAAUAGAAGUAGUCAUAAAGAAAGGUGGGGGCUCACACAGAUGAUAGUGACACAGAACAUGUUCAAUUGAGCAAAGUAAAACAAUGAAAGUUUUGAUCACCCUACAUAGCUGUAUGCAAAAAUUUUCGCUUUUUUUUUUGCAGUUGCAUUUUACCUUAGAUUUAAAUUAAAUGUGGGCUUCUCUCCCAUAGUCACAAUCUGGAAAUCUAUUAAUUUAGGUUUCAUCACUUCACAGUGCAUCCACAACAUUUAAAUUGAACUAGACUGUCAGAAUCUCUCAUGUGAUAAUUAUUUGACCUGAAUAUAUCACCAAAUGUGUACAUGAGUGUGUUAUUCAGGUUUAGAUUCUACAUAUGAUGUGUAUCCACAUAAUAUUGUGUGUUAUGUUAUUGCCAGUCAAUUUUCAAACCCUGAAACGCUAACCUUUGAUUAUUGCAUUACAAGUUUGUCUUGGGAUUUUACACAUACAACUUAAAAACACAUAAAACAGAUUCACUACACACUUUAGGUGUUGAAUGCCUCAAUUUAAAUUUGCUUUGAUACACAGAUGGAACUGCCUAGCAGGUAGCUUAUUCAAACAUUAUGAAUAUAAACAAACAAUUGACACAUGAUGGAUCAUAUAAAGUAUGGGAGGAAGAACAAGAAGGUAAAAGUUUUUCCUCAGUUCUUUGAAACAACCAUCCCCAUUUGCUGAGGAGCACAACUUGGUUAGUGGAGGUAGAGGUAAUUGGUGGAAUCAGCAGGUUGUAUGGAUGGGACAAAAAACAUGGCAGGUCUUUUACUCUGAACCUCUGCAUGAAAUAAACUUUGAGGACAUGCGUAACAAUACAAUAGCCUGGCCCGGCCACCCAAGCAUCAUCACCAACUUGAAGACUAUCGCAGUAUCUGGCAGUGAUUUUUGCUGCCAGUUAUCACUGAAUCCAGCAAGAUGGUUGACAUAGUUGCUUCAUUUAAACACAAGACUGAGCUUAUAAAGGUUUCUGUUAAAACAAAUCACCGGUCGAAAACUAAGAACACUGCAAAUUUCAACACAAAAUUCGCUAUUAAUGGUACAUCCUGUAACCUCAUGACGCUAAUAGGCCUACACUGUUUUGUGUAAAUAAAUGUGUUGUACGUCCUGGUUUGUCUCAGAAGUUGUAAGAUUUCAUAGUUUUCAAGCUUCUGGCAGGUUUAUACCACUGUGCUUAUUUCUUUCUCCACUGUUUUCUUCAAGAAUUCAGAUCAACUGCAAAAUGCUCUGAGGUCUUAGGUAAAGAGUAAAGCCACAUGUACAGUUAGAACACAACGUGGCAGUUGGGUAUUAAUCUAAUUCUACCAUUAAUUUCCUUUGGAUCUCUGGCCUGUGCUACCUGUGUGGACACUAGAAUAAUAAUUCUAUAUUCACCCAAUGAAACCCUGAA